AUGUUUAAAUAUAUAUUAUUGUUUUUUUUUAAAUAUGUAAAACAACAAAUGGAAAACAAUAAACAGGUUGAAGAAGAAGGUGUUGAAAACAAAGAAGUAACAUUACCAAAGGGUGUUCCACCAACAAUUUACACUAAAAGAAAGCGUGUUUCAAAAAAAGAUAAUACACAACCAUUAAAACUUGAAAGAAGUGGUAAGAAACAACCAAUAAUUCAACCAAAAAAACAAACAAAAAUAAAUAAUAAAUAA